AUGGCCUCUGCGGCUAUACCUUCAUAUCCAUCAACCAAGGAGACAACAAAUUAUGCUCGUCUGUGUCGUCUUCUUGUGGAUGUAGGAUCCCAGGCAUUAAGGAACAAGUUUGAUAGUAUUCACCCACCCGCAGGCCUACAUGCAGUUCUGACAAAGCCUCCUGCACACCCAGUAUUGCAGACACUUAAAAGGAAGAGAAUUCUCAAUCCCACUCAAUGGGCCAAGCUGUAUCCCCCUUCACCUUCAUCCAUAUCUUCAAAAGAUUUUGAUGUCACACUGCUGAUGUUGCUCUUAAGGAAUAUAUGUGGCUUGAUUCCUCCAACCACUGGUUGGGAUAAUCUCCCACCUGCUGCAGAUACAAGUGCUGAAGCCCACAUAGCUAGGGUGAAGUAUUACAGAAACCAUGUCUAUGGACAUGCCAGCCAGGCAUCUGUGGAUGAUGCCACAUUUAAUUGCUAUUGGCAGGAUAUCAGUAAUGCAUUGGUAGGACUGGGUGCAGAUGCCACUGCUAUCAAUAAGCUGAAGACUGAGAGUAUGGAUCCUGUCACUGAGAAACACUACCAAGAAUUACUGAGGGAGUGGAAGAAAGAUGAUGAUAGCAGCAAAGACAGACUUGAUGAGAUUGAAGGUAACUUGAAAAUGCACCACACAUAUUUAUUGUGGAUAAAAGAAAUAACCAUAUAGUACUAUAUUCAAUUCAAUACAGUACUAUAGACUUUAUUGUGUUCCCACUAUUGAGGAUCUUCAUACGUAAUUUAUAAUGCAGACAAUGAUAAAUAGUAAUAAUUUAUUAUUUACAACAAAAAAAUAAUGAAUACAGAUAAACUAAAGAAUAACUAAUUAUUAUUAUACAUGUAAGUAUGGUAAAAACAUGUGCUAAUAUGCACAUUCAUAUGUUUAAGAGUAACUCAUUCAACAAAGAGGUCAGCCACAGCUGCAGAAGAUGCACUUUGAGAUUGUCCUGACUGACAAGUGAUACAGAGUUUUUGGUUACAGGAAUCAGUUUAAGUAAUGUUCAAAAUAAGAACAGAAUUGUUUUAUCAUUAGUUAAAAUUGAGCACGAAGCGCAAAAAUUUUUAACCAGUGAUAAAACAUGUACUGUGAGUGUUUUAAACAGCUUCAAAAACCUUCCCAGGGUAUUCCAUUUCAAUACGAUUGCUAAUUAACGCAUUUCCCUUUUGUAAAACGUGUUGAUUGAAAAGUGUUAUUUAAACAAAAGCAGGCAAAUUACAUAGGCUGUUCAGAUGUAGUUGUGCAAAUACGUUGUGCAACUGAAGUACACAGUUUAUGCUCUUAUCCCAACCUUCUUUCCAAAUGAAAGAAAGUUCCACAGUUAAUAGUCGUACAAGAGGGGAAAAUUGCUAGAGGAGAGUGUCGUCAAAUCUAACUGCAACGUGACAUAAUGGGCAUUGAUAAGUUUAAUGAAAUUACAAACUGGGAAGAAUUGUUUGUGACUGUUUUCGCCAACUCUUUGUCGGUAACAGUCGUAUCUUGAAAUGGAUUGGUUUGGUGUUCUCUUGGUUAAAAACUUAUGGUAUUUAAUUUUAAAAUAAAAUUUUGACUGGUUGACGGUUUUUUUUCUUCGUUUUUUAGAAUAAAUAAUUUUUCUGUCGACAAUAGUUACUUUUUCAAAGUUUUGACUUUUUUCGUGUAAUUAGUUGCAAAUUAUGUAAGGACCACAUUAUGUAAAAUUUCAUGGUUAUUAGUAUUUUUUAUGUAAAAUUUUCAUCCUUAUCAGCAGUCCAUUGUUUAAAUCAUUCAAUCCCAUAUUUCCCCUGAGGCCCUCCCUGACUUUUCAUUUUGUUGAGUUUUGAGUCUUUCUUCUGAGACUGCUAUAGUAAUAAGAUGACACUUGCAACGUCUGCCAUCAUCUCCUUAUCAUCAACUUUUUUAAUUGUAGACACGGCUUGACACGAAGUUUUAUCAGCUGAACAAAAUUUUAUAUCAUUUGACUAUAAAAUUAUUAUUAAAAUGGUACCCCUUUAAAGGUUUAUUUACAGUUUAAAGUUUAUAGUUUUUGCUAUUAAAAGUGGCUGUUUAGAUUGGUGCCCUGAAAAAUUAGACAAAUCCAAAAAAGGGAUAUAAAUCUGCAAAACACUACAAACGUCUUAAACCUUUUUUGCCUUUGCAAGUAAUGUAGUCUCUUUUCCCAACAUGUUCAACUGAUUAUAUCAGGAAGGGGUUGCAAAUACAGUAAUAAAGUCAAAGAUGCUGAGACCUUGUUUAUAAGUCUAAGACUUUGUGUCAAGUUCAAUUCCCCAAGACAGAAAUAACCACACAAGAAAAACCUUACUACUAACCAAAAUCACUUUCAACGUUUUGAGAUCAAAUCCGAUUUGUUUUAAGUGUAGACCCCCAUAACAGUGUGCAGAGUUAAGGUGUUUAAACAAAACAAACAUUUGGUAUUUAGCAACUUGAACUGUGUUUUCUUCACUAUCUUAUUGUACCUAUUUUUUCAUGAUUUAAGGAUUGUUAAAGGAACUGAAGAAAGACAGUGAUAACUCACGAGACAAACUUGAAGGUAUGUUGGCCAUUAAAAGGGUUUCAUAAUCAAUUCCCUGGUAAAAUUAAGACACCUUUUAUAAGAUGACUCAGUCUGUUGGGUGGGAAAUUAAAAUCUGUAGGGUAGCCCUCUUAACUCCUCACCUACAAAAUACGAGUUACGACCUCCUCAAUCAAAUAACAUGUUCUCAUUUUGUGUGAUCAAUUUUUAUUUUGUUGUUUGUGCUCAGUAUCGUGCAUGACCGUACACAAAAAUUUCAAUUAAAACAAAAAAAUAUUUUUGUUGAAAACAAAAUUUUGAACAAGGAUAAAAUUGAACCACAAAAUUUACCUUGCAUCAUAAUGCAAGCCUGAUUCAAGAACUUACGUUGACGUGCAAUUAAUACUGUUUGCUUUUUAUAUAAAUAUAUACUUAUCCCCAAGCCAACGAGUCAGAUUUUCCCUAUUCUUUCGUUUUCAAUCUUAUUUUUAUUCACAUGGAUUUAAGCAUUUCCCGAGUAACUGCCCUUCUCUCCUUCUUCUCUACUUAACGAACAUCAAAUGACCGUACACCCGUUAUCACACUUAUGACAAGAAACUCUCGAACCUUUGAGGUGUUAUUGUCACAACUUGCCUGAUGAGCAGUAAAGAUACUUUUACAUGUCCUCCUAUAUUGCAUGUAUCUACAGGGCUUAUACGCAACUUUUGUAUUGCCAAUAAUACACUUUGUUUGCGCUCUGCUUUAUUUUUGUAACCAUUUUUUCCCAAUUUCUCCGGGGUGUUACAGUCGUUGCACACAAAUUGAAGUCCAAGCUUAUGCAAAAUUUUGGGUGCAUUAUGUGCAUUUUUUUGAUAAUAAACAGAACAGCUAAAGAACAUGAAUGAUCAGAUCCUCGAAAGUGAGAAAAAAAUCAGUGACAAGCUAGAACGUUUGGCAGCAGAUCCGAAAGAGGAAGCAAACCAAGAAAAAGUUAUGUUCUAAACUUCCUGAUAAAAAGGACAAGAAGCCACCUUGUUUCUACCUUACAGAAGCUGUGUCACAUUCCAGCCUUCGCAAUUUGCAAAACAAUUUUAUAUCAAGCUGCUUUCAGCCUAUGUAGAUCAGCUGACCUGUCACUGUUUUCUGCCUGGUAUAUUCCAAACUGUUGAUUUUUUUUUUCUCACGCGCCGUACACUUUCCUUUCCCUUUUAUUUUAGUUUUUGUCACGUAACAAACAGGUGUCCAUUUUAUUUAUGAAGAGGAAAAUUGACUCAAGGCCUCAGUCCUGUAGCAACCAAGUCACAACAUUGCAAUUAACUGAGUGAGAGACAGGAGAAAUAGCUGAAGUGUUGUCCAAUAAGGGCCUGAUGGAAAAAAACAUAUUGAUCGAACAUCCUUCCAAAGCAGGAAAUCAAUGCUUUUCUUAUCCAUUGAGCCUUAAAAGUGAAUGGACAUGUUCCCUUGUUCCCAACAUUCUUGGGAAGCUCUCGUCUGUUGAUACCGUAGAGUUCCACUUUUCAGACCUUCCUCUUUUCUUGCCCUUUAUGAAGCAAUAUGCAUUCAUUUACCUUACCAUCCAUCAGUGCCUAAUAUCGAACAAGCUUUUCUUGUUAUAUUUUGAACAAGAACGUAACAUUUCAAUUGAACUGAUAAAAGAUUUUUCAAACGAAGUUGCCAUAAAGUAUCUAGCGUUCAUUUUUCUUUUGUAAGUUUGCAUUUAUCAUUCUUUGUCGCUUUCGUCAUAGAACCAUAUUAGGUCCUCAUUGUCACGGGAGUGACCAAUUGAUACUAAUGUUAAUUUCAUUAUACCGUUCCCCAGUCGUUGGGACAGCAAUACCACAUUUGUCAAACGAGCGAAUAGUGAUCAGUAUUGGCAUCCUUUCACCGAUGCCGGAGAGAUUUCUUGCCAAGCUUGCCCUCCGGCCAUUUUGUCGAAAGAACUGCAUAAGCGCGCUUGAUGAUGUGUAAAGAGAAAAUAGAGGGUCUGUGAACAGGCUAAACGUCAAGAGGCUGGACUUUGCCUAUUGUCUCUGGGAGUCCGUAUUUUUGCGUAUUCAAGUACGCGCAAACAAAAGGUCUGGGGCCCGUUUCUGGAAAGACCCGAUAAUUAACGGGCCCGUAAAGCUGCUGUUGUUUACAUACAAGAUAGAGGUUUCAAUAGUUUUGCAUCUAACGUGACAAAAUUAUCAGUUACUGGAACAAAAUGGAGUAGUUUGCUAGCCAGGACCCGCGCUCUUAUUCUUUAUAUUUCUAUUUAAAUAUUUGAUUUCGGGCCCGAAAGGUUACCCGGACCUUCGAGAAACAGGCCCCUGGAGUGAGUUUGAAAAAGGCUCGCGCGCACGCUACGCUAUACCGAUUUUAAGAAAACAAAACGACUUUUUUGCAGUCUAGUCAUAUUUGUACUAUUCAACUUACAAUGAAUGUCUUCCCCGGAAAAAAAUCAGAGAAGACCUCGAAGAGAUCAAAGCGAACUAGAAAGCAUGGGCAAGAAAUUGGAAACUUCAACAAAUGAAGGCAAUUUGCAUGUGGGCAGUAUUAGUAUUCUAGUGUUUCAAGCAAUGAAGAUGUUGAAGGAAUUUACGUCUUUUGACAAACAAAUUUGAGGAGAAUGACAGGCUUUGCGGUUUGCUAGGAAAAUCCCCACAAUCGUGAGAUUUCAGUAACAACAGGUCCUUGAGUUUAAAUCCUCUGCGUUCGAGCCAAACUGGGCCAUCCGGCCAGAGCUUGUCCCGGUAUUCUUUGACACGGCGAGGAAUUUUUCUGCCACUCCAUGGAUGGGAUGCUAGUCCAAGGCAUGUUUACCCCUAGCAUAAAAUUAGCUGGUACCCAUGUAUACACUUGGUUGGAAUGAGGCACACUGUGGUAACGCAGUGACUGCCGCCAGGGCUUCAGUCCGAAACUCUUUGCGAUCCAAAGUUCACAGCACUAACCAUUAGGCAACCACGCCGCCCUUUACCUUUUUCAAUACUUAGUAUAUUCUCAACUAACGGAAGUUUUGCUUAUAUUUGUAUCCCCAGACAGAGAAAAAUUUGAGAAGAUUAAAGAUGAAAUAACAGCCAUUAGAGAAAAGUUAGAUGCCUUGACAUCCGCCGGACAAGAAAGCAGUGAUAAAGGAACAUGUAAGAUCUGCAGAUAAGUUCUGCAUUUAAGGACUAUAAACAGUGUCCGCGUCAUUAUUUGUCCGUUUGAAGCGGGUUAAAUUUAGAAAACACCAAAAAGGGCUCUACGGGGGAAUUGGUGAAAGUCCACAAUGGAACACACAGUCAAAGCUCUCUUACGCGACCACCCGGGAAAUUCGAAAAAGUGGUCGUAACUAGAGCUGGUCGGAAAUGAGCUCUCGUAAGCGACCGCAUAGUAAACAAUACGGGGUGGUCGCUUACGAGAGCUUUAGGAAAUCGUUAAUAAUUCAUAAAGAAAAAACAAAAGGAAUUAAUGUUUAAUGUGUCUUUUAUAUCUGAUAUAGACACGGCUAAACUUUACGUCCAAUUUUUAAGAUCACAAACCUGCUCCAGACUUGGCUUGCUAACUGUUGAGGCUACCUUGCCAAGUUCCUGUCUUGUACGUAGCUUUUAGCUGCUUUAUUUGGGACUUUCGGUCUUUGCCUUCAUUUCUUGUCUUCAAAAUGUUCAUUUCUCGAUCACCAUGUUACCACCCAACAUUCGGAUUUUUUCCAUUUUUUUGCAAUUUUUCAAACUUCUAAGCUAGUAGAUCGAAGUAUACAUGAUUAUGCUCUCGGUGUAGCUGCCCUCUUUCGAGUUAAGAGGGUUUAUCUUUCAAGAUAUUCACAAAAAAACAGGGAAGGAGUUCGAGCAAUAGACUUCUUUAGCUUGUAUGUUUUGGUUUUCCCAAUACGGGUCAUGUGAUAAUACUCUAGAGAACUAAUUCUUUCUAAUUACAUCGUGUUCACCGGAUAUCUACGCACAAUUUAUGAAGAGACAAUGGGUCAAGUUCCUCUAGGACCUCUAUUGGAAAACAAAACAUACAAGCUAAAGAAGUCUAUUCGGGCUACAAAAUAAAUAAAAAAUUUGAUGGGAAAAUAUACCUGCGCACGCGGACCUUAAACGUGAAAGUACACAAAUCGAAUAUUCGAGUCAAAAGAUGGCACAACAAGUAUGAAGUAUUAAAUUAGAUUGCAAGAAAACAACUUUCCUCCCCUCGCUCCCCCCUUUCAGUUUAUAGCCCUUUUCCCUCACUAAAGAGCCUGGCCCCAGGCUAUGAACUGGGCAUGAAUUUUGCCGAAAUAAUUGGUUAUAAUUUUAUUAGAAAUGAUAACAUGUGUUUGUUUGUUUGUUUGUUGUUGUUGUUUUUUUAAGGCAAAUCUAAAGUUCAGCAAGGGGCAAGCAGUGAUCCUGCAGGUGCUAGAAGUGAAGCUUUAGGUUCAAGCAAAAGAGUUCUCCAUGAUCAAGGUGUACACCAGCGUUUUAGAAGUGUAAACAAGACGCUCUGGAAGCGUAUGUUUGGGCGUGGUCGUACGACAGGUAUGAUACUUUGAACAUGCCUUUCUGCAGCUAAAGAACUGCCAUCAUAUCUUACCAGAGAGGACAAAUCCUUUACUCCACUUGUUUUCUGAACCACACAGCUUAUACAGUAUGUCCCAAUCCACAACAAAAAUAGUGUCAUUUUAUGACAAUCUUUGAAAAUAUGCACAUCUUCAAUGCAAACAUGCUUGGAGCCAAAUUGCAACAUAGGACGUAAGUGGCUACAACCCGGAGAGUAAGGUUUAUCUCAGCUUCACUGAUACUGACAGAUGUGUUUUCACACCCAUCACAUUGUACAGUGUAGAUCCGGUUACUAACAACGGCAAAUAAAGUUCCUUAAGUCCAGUAUCCACAAGGAUUAAUAAGAUAGUAACACCAUGCAUAAACUGCUAUAGGUUAGCACUGUUUACAGGAACAUUGGUAACUAUUAACGUUUGAUAUACUACAAUAUUCAACAUUGCUUCACUAUACAUAUACAUAUCUCUAGCAUGAGAAUCAAAUACAUUAUAUCCCCCAGCCUCAAUGCUGUAAUACCAACACCAAUAAUUGCCACUGUUAAAAUGAAUGAGUUGUAGUUCAGUGCCAAGAGUUUUUCAAAUGCUGUACCCUGUGAGUGGCAUAUAAAGUAGUGAUGGAUGUUACAAGUAUAACUGUCAAUUUAUUCAGUUUAAAUCCUCUGCGUUCGAGCCAAACUGGGCCAUCCGGCCAGAGCUUGUCCCAGUAUUCUUUGACACGUCGAGGAAUUUUUCUGCCACUCCAUGGAUGGGAUGCUAGUCCAAGGCAUGUUUACCCCUAGCAUAAAAUUAGCUGGUACCCAUGUAUACACUUGGUUAGAAUGAGGCACACUGUUGUAACGCAGUGACUGCCGCCAGGGCUUCAGUCCGAAACUCUUUUCGAUCCAAAGUUCACAGCACUAACUAUUAGGCAACCACGCCUCCCUUUACCUUUUUCAAUACUUAGUAUAUUCUCAACUAACGGAAGUUUUGCUUAUAUUUGUACCCCCAGACAGAGAAAGAUUUGAGAAGAUUAAAGAUGAAAUAACAGCCAUUAGAGAAAAGUUAGAUGCCUUAACAUCCGCUGGACAAGAAAGCAGUGAUAAAGGAACAUGUAAGAUCUGCAGAUAAGUUCUGCAUUUAAGGACUAUAAACAGUGUCCGCGUCAUUAUUUGUCCGUUUUAAGCGGGUUAAAUUUAGAAAACAACAAAAAAGGCUCUACGGGGGAAUUGGUGAAAGUCCACAAUGGAACACACAGUCAAAGCUCUCUUACGCGACCACCCGGGAAAUUCGAAAAAGUGGUCGUAACUAGAGCUGGUCGGAAAUGAGCUCUCGUAAGCGACUGCAUUGUAAACAAUACGGGGUGGUCGCUUACGAGAGCUUUAGGAAAUCGUUAAUAAUUCAUAAAGAAAAAACAAAAGAAAUUAAUGUUUAAUGUGUCUUUUAUAUCUGAUAUAGACACGGCUAAACUUUACGUCCAAUUUUUAAGAUCACAAACCUGCUCCAGACUUGGCUUGCUAACUGUUGAGGCUACCUUGCCAAGUUCCUGUCUUGUACGUAGCUUUUAGCUCCUUUAGUUAGGACUUUCAGUCUUUCCCUUCAUUUCUUGUCUUCAGAAUCUUCAUUUCUCGAUGACCAUGAUACCAGCCAACAUUCGGAUUUUUUACCAUUUUUUUGCAAUUUUUCAAACUUCUAAGCUAGUAGAUCGAAGUAUACAUGAUUAUGCUCUCGGUGUAGCUGCCCUCUUUCGAGUUAAGAGGGUUUAUCUUUCAAGAUAUUCACAAAAAAACAAGGAAGGAGUUCGAGCAAUAGACCUCUUUAGCUUGUAUGUUUUGUUUUCCCAGUACGGGUCAUGUGAUAAUACUCUAGAGAACUAAUUCUUUCUAAUUACAUCGUGUUAACCGGAUAUCUACGCACAAUUUAUGAAGAGACAAUGGGUCAAGUUCCUCUGGGACCUCUAUUGGAAAACAAAACAUACAAGCUAAAGAAGUCUAUUCGGGCUACAAAAUAAAUAAAAAAUUUGAUGGGAAAAUAUACCUGCGCACGCGGACCUUAAACGUGAAAGUACACAAAUCGAAUAUUCGAGUCAAAAGAUGGCACAACAAGUAUGAAGUAUUAAAUUAGAUUGCAAGAAAACAACUUUCCUCCCCUCGCUCCCCCCUUUCAGUUUAUAGCCCUUUUCCCUCACUAAAGAGCCUGGCCCCAGGCUAUGAACUGGGCAUGAAUUUUGCCGAAAUAAUUGGUUAUAAUUUUAUUAGAAAUGAUAACAUGUGUUUGUUUGUUUGUUUGUUGUUGUUGUUUUUUUUAAGGCAAAUCUAAAGUUCAGCAAGGGCAAGCAGUGAUCCUGCAGGUGCUAGAAGUGAAGCUUUAGGUUCAAGCAAAAGAGUUCUCCAUGAUCAAGGUGUACACCAGCGUUUUAGAAGUGUAAACAAGACGCUCUGGAAGCGUAUGUUUGGGCGUGGUCGUACGACAGGUAUGAUACUUUGAACAUGCCUUACUGCAGCUAAAGAACUGCCAUCAUAUUUUACCAGAGAGGACAAAUCCUUUACUCCACUUGUUUUCUGAACCACACAGCUUAUAAAGUAUGUCCAGUAUGUCCCAAUCCACAACAAAAAUAGUGUCAUUUUAUGACAAUCUUUGAAAAUAUGCACAUCUUCAAUGCAGACAUGCUUGGAGCCAAAUUACUACAUAGUACAUAAGUGGUUACAACCCGGAGAGUAAGGUUUAUCUCAGCUUCACUGAUACUGACAGACAUCCCAUCACAUUGUACAGUGUAGAUUCGGUUACUAACAAGGGCAAAUAAAGUUCCUUAAGUCCAGUAUCCACAAGGAUUAAUAAGAGAGUAACACCAUGCAUAAACUGCCAUAGGUUAGCACUGUUUACAGGAACAUUGGUAACUAUUAACAUUUGAUAUACUACAAUGUUCAACAUUGCUUCACUAUACAUAUACAUAUCUCUAGCAUGAGAAUCAAAUACAUUAUAUCCCCCAGCCUCAAUGCUGUAAUACCAACACCAAUAAUUGCCACUGUUAAAAUGAAUGAGUUGUAGUUUAGUGGCAAGAGUGUUUCAAAUGCUGUACCCUGUGAGUGGCAUAUACAGUAGUGAUGGAUGUUACAAGUAUAACUGUCACUGUAUUCAAGCUGGAAAACUGCUCAAACACUGUAACCAUUCCUGGCAAUUCUGUUAACAUUACCAUAGAUUGUCUUGCAAGCAGUGACAGACUAGAAUAUAAUUGAAUACCAACAAUCACUUACUUGAGUCAUAUCAGCAACUGAAGUAAUCUUUGUUACCUUACUGUAAAUUAAAGCACACAGACUCAUUGCGACACAUUGUUGUCCAGCAUUUUUCCCCAAACACUGUAACAUUUCCUUGACAGUAUGGAGCAUUAAUUGUUUUUGUAGCAUCUACGUAAACUGAAGGUCCUGGAUUCUUCUCCUUAUCAGUACAAAGCUUAAAUUGGCCAAAAUUAACCCGGUGAUUCAAAUUGUUGUAAGCACUAUGAAAUGGAUAAUUGCAUGUACAGAGGGGCAAAUUCUUACUUAAAAGCCUAUUUGGAUAUCUCGUUCCACCUAAAUCGCCCGUGCUUUGAUACUUAGACGAGAGAUACACCUUCCCUCGUUUACGAACUAGUUUUGGAGUUGCCCCUUAAGUAAAAACCUCACACUGUUACAGUUACUUCUGUACCUGUUUAAGUGUAAACCUUUUCUACUUUUAACGUAACAAUGAAUUUCAGACGACAAUGGUGUAUUUUUCCGAAUACUCUUCCCUUACAGAAAGUGUCACUUUCCGUGUUUUCUGUAACAAAGAUUUUAAUUUGUUCAUCGGUAGUCUGGUAGGUGUAUGACGGUAACCGGUCAUUUCGUUCCAUGGUCAGAUCGUUCCAAGUCAGACUGUGCCAAUCAAUAGCAGAUCGUUCCAUGAAAUAGCCAGUUCGUUCCGCAAAAAAUUCAGUUCAUUGCACAUAUGAAAAGUCGAGUAAAUCUUUCUAAAUUUGUUGAGUGAACUUUAUCGAGAAGAAAAACUUUUCGUUCAUACCACGAGCUGAUAAAAUAAUAAUCGUUCCAAAGUCGAUUCGAUCCAUCCUAAAUCGUUUGAAAACAAACAAGAGUCGAUUUCAACCAGCCACGGGCUUUAAGAUUUAAACUGCCGCUUUGAGAGUUUUUGAGCUAGAAUUCAUCGAUGGUUUUGAAAGAUAUAGCACAACAAGUAAAAGCUAUGCCGUUCUAAAGGUACAAUAUUUCAAGCGCUUGUAACCUAAUUAUUUCUUUGCAGCGCACGAUGUAUGCAAAUUUUGAAAACAACGCGAGUUUCGAUUUUAUAUACUAUCUCGAUUUUAUAGUAAUUUGUCUUGCCGAAAAUAUAAUUGACUAACCUGAUUUAAACCAAUGGAAUUGUAAGUUCUGUUAUAAAUAAAUUUCCCACGACGAGAUCUCUAUUUUCAUUGAUAUGUUUGGUCCGAAAUGGGCACGCGGGGCCCCAUAAUUUAGCACGUUUUCCCUCCUGGGACCCUUGCAUUACCCUGGGUAUUGAGCGUUCUAUUUAAAUGUUUUGCCAACCUCAGGAUCACUUUUCAGAUCGCUUUUCUAUGCUUUCAUGCCCCGAGAGGGCAUAUAUACUUGCGUUUUUUGUGUGCCAUUCCGGUUUUCGUCGCUGAGCAUGGCCUAGGCUCCUGACGCUAUCCUUCCUUAUGUUUUGGAAGCCUUUCGCCCGGCUGUGAUACCUCCUUCGAGUUACCUUUGAUAGCGUGAGUCGCUUUCAGACUGGAUUUCAUGGCGGGUAUCAUUCUCCAUUUAAUUUCAUAGCGAGUGUCGGUUCGAGUUGUUUCAUAGAGUACGUCACUUUCAGUUGUUAUAGCAUUUGUCGCCUUCACGUAGGUUUUUCUUGGCGUGUGUCGCCCUCCAGUUAGCCAUUUCUGGCGUGAGUCGCUUUCACUAGUUUCAUGGUGACUUUCAUAUUUUGCUCUCCAUUUUGUGUUUAUAGCGUGUGUCGCUUAUAAGUUUGUUUUUUCAUGGCGUGUGUCGCCUUCAGGUUGUUUUUACGGCGUGUGUCGCCUUCAGGUUGUUUUCACGGCGUGUGUCGCCUUCCAGUUAGCCGUUUCAGCGUGUGUCGCUUAUAAGUUGUUUUCAUGGCGUGUGUCGCCUUCAGGUUGUUUUCACGGCGUUUUUCGCCUUUAGGUUGUUUCUAUGGCGUUUGUGGCCUUCCGGUUAGCCGUUUCUGGCGUGUUUCGCUUUCACUGGUUUCAUGGUGUCUUUCGUUUUUAAUAUUCAGUAUGUCGUUCCUCCCUUUAAGGAUCGUUUUGGUCUUGUAUUUCGCAUUUUCUAUACUUUGCGGUCCGUGUUUUUUCUGUAUGCGUGCUCCUUCGCAUAUCCUGUAGUUUGUCGCGUUUUUAUUCGCGUUCGUUGUUGCUUACGUUUUCUUUUCCGCAACUAGUUCCAGUAUUCGGAAAUUUUCUUCUCUAUUUCUUUGUUUGUUCGUCAGUGUUAUAGAAGUUAAAACAGUAGUUUUUUUCUACUUUAUUUCCCCGGGCCCUUUUGGUUUCUCGUCUUUUAUUCACUUAGCAUUUUUAAGUACCCACGGCACGUGCUUUUAUCAUCGGUUUUUCUGGUUCGAAUUUAGAAUUCAUAAUCAUGGCAUCUCUGUACUGUUUUGUUUACAAAUAUCAGUGCGCGGUGUACACACUGGAAGGCUCUUAAACGGAAGACGGCCGCUUUCAUCCUGUUAUUUCGAAUUUGUCAUCCGCGGUUCUAUGGUUUAGCUGCCUGGGCUGUUUUCUACGUUCCAGAUUUAUUCGGCGUUUGCUAUUUGUUGUUAGUUUUAUGGGCUUGUAGUUAUUUAUGCAGGUUCAUCUCGACUACAUAUAUACCUCGUGUCACGCAAAUCGGUCCAUCGCUUUGGUUUGGUUGGUUUUUUCUUGUGUGUUGUUUUACUCGCUUCGAGCAAUGUGUCGUUAUUUCAUGACUUUCGGUCUUGUGCUCCUGCUAUCAGUCCGGUCGAUCUGGGGCGGGUACUGUAGUUCUAAAUUAUGCCCCAUACUCUGUCUGUGACGGGGUUCCUGGAUCGGCCUGGUUGGUGGCUCCCCUUUUUCUCCUUUAUUUCUUUUUCCAGUUUCGGUUUAACGCUAUCGCGUGAGGUAUAUGUGCGUUGCCUUCGUGGUAAUCUAUUUCCAAUGAUUUCGCUUUUAGGCACUGUUUAACUUCUGUUAAAACGCAAGAGAUUCCGUCAGAUCUUAUCAUUCCUAGUGUAACUGGAAGGGGAGCCCGCCAGUUGGGCCGGUCCGCUCUCGUCUCCCUCAUCGGUCUCGGCCAUUUCUUUGGCUUUGGGAAGUCGACCCUUGUUCCCAGGCAAACGUCGAUUUUUCUGUGGUAUAUCAUUGAUUUUCCUUACACAACGUUUUUAAUGCCCCUAGAUAAGAAUGUUAAACUUGCUUCUUUUCAAGAAAAUAUGCUUAGCCACAAGAGGGUAUUUCUAAGUCUCUGCAGAAGUCUGUGGGAAGAUAAACUUCUUGACACUUGUACCUGCCGCCAGGUUGUUUUCUCGUGCGGCGUGUUUGGCCAUAUCACAUGGCACUGGCGUCUCCAAGAGCUGGUCCCGUAGGGUGAGCUUCUGAGAUUGGGGGGAAUAUGACGAUUUUUUCUAAGGUUGUUGGCUUAGUGGCGGCAUUCGGCGCUCGGGUAGAAAUUAUUUUCGCCCAUAUCUUAGUAUUGCCCGCGUGUGCCAUAGAGGUGCAGCAUAUCAAUGAAAAUUCUCCUACUAUUCAACUUCUUUUAUUUCCUCCUUAACACAAUUUCCUUCUGUACAACUAGCUCAUUACCUUCUCUUGUCGUCACCUCGCUGCCAUCAAAACACUCUAACAUAAAACGUGCUGAUAAUGCAAAAUCCCGAUCGACGCACAGCAUCGUACAUGUACCGCGUCACAGUAUACACAAUUAGAUGAAAAAACACAACACGCAAUACAAAAACAAGUACAUUAACCGCCACCCUGCUAAACAAAAUUGAAAUAAUGAAAAGAAUUGUUGCAGUUAUCAUAGUAGUUCCAAAAGAAGCCUCAGUCCCUUUUUGUUGACAAUCGUCUCUUCCUUCAUGGGAACAGAUUUUUAUCACAGGCAAUUCGUUGUGUUCCGCAAUGCAAAAAUCAAAAUGACUAUUGGCACAUUGAUAACCAGCUACACAAAUCUUGCGACUCUCAGACUUGCUUAACAUUCCCCUGUUCAAACUCUUAUCCAUUUUACACGUACACUCCUGAUAUUCCGAUUUGUUAUUACGUCUAUGGGGUCCAUGAGUCUUUGAUGUCAUUGAAUGUCUUGAUAAUUUCCUUUUGUUUUUCUUUGAGUUCGCGGACCAGCCCAUUCCGAAAACACUUAGUCUUAUUGUUUAGUGUGGGCCUACCGCGAACAGUGUGGGCAUUUGUAAGUUUAACCGGGGAUAACAUGACUGAACAAUAUAUUAACACGUUUCUCGAAACGCCGCGGCCAAAUGUUAUCCAAACUGCUUCCUACUACCGCUUCGAAAAAUUUCGGAUCAAACGAUAUCCAAAUCGUCCCUCAUUGGAUUAUCCACUCGACCUAACAAAAUCGACCAAUCACAAAAUAAGGGAAAGAAAAUGGACCUAAAAAAUUCAGAUGACCUCUUAGGAAACACGCAAUUAUGAUUGGUGCAUUUUGAUCCUCUCGUCAAAAAAAUGUCAGACGCCCAUCAUCUUAGCGGACCUCUUAGGAAACGAAAGUUUUCUUCAACCGGUUCAAAAGGUCAUUGUUUAUGAUUUGUGAUUGGUGGAUUUCGAUCCGUUUUGUGAGUUUCUGUGUUUCAAGGUUUGUUGCUGUGAUCUUAUUGUGACCAAAACCCGACGUUAAUAUUCCAAAUGUCUUUGAUAGAUUUCUUCUCUGGACUUCAGACUUCCAAAUUUCGAUGAGGCAAAGAUACUGAAGAUUCAGAUUAACUUCUGAGAUGGUAAAAGUGCGAUAAAGUGCCGUGUGCUAGCAGAGCUUUCUUUCACACAUGCCUCUUACCUUGUACAAGACGUUCGCCUCGCUUCGCUUGUUUACUUGCCUUGUUUACGUUAGCACGUAUUGCGUGCCUAUUGCACAUUUGCGUCAAAACAAGCCGUUUCCAUCACUCUAUUUGGGUCACGCCCAAAUAAUAAGAUCACAAAAUAGUUGCAUCUUGAGAAUUCAUAGGGAACCUCUCUACUCUGGCCACUUUGGGGAUCGAGCUAAGUGACCGUUGCCUCAUAUGAGGUACAAACAAGAAUGUACUGUAUCCGCCUUAGGAAACAAAAAGGUGGUCAUUGUGGAUAGUUGGCUAUAAGUAGAGUUUCUAUUAUGCUCUUUUUAGAGCAUCACUUUUCAUGUUUCUCAAUGUCCUUGUCAGAAGUAUGUGGAUAUUUGUCUUCUGACCAAUGUUGAUAAUCUCCAUGCAUAUGAUAGUACAUGCAUUUAACGAGAGGGGAGGGGGGGGGGGGUGUCAGAUUGUUCUGAUCUGACUGUAUCAGAUAACCACAGUCUCUGUUAACCUUAAAUAGACGUGGAUGGUUCACAUUGAUUUUGAGAUCUCAUAUUAAUCCUCCAUCUCAAUUUUUAUCCUUUCAUAUUCUGGAAUUUCUUGACCUCCCCACCCCUUUUGUUUUAUAAAUUGCGCAUUUAAAGCAAUUUUUAUCACUGAAAAAUUCCCAGAGUUGUUAUUUUCAACUAUAUAUUUUUGGGUUUUUGUAAUUCAUAUCUCUGUCAAGUCUGGAGAAAUAGGUUCUUGUAUUUUGGGGGUAAGUUAUUGGCAGUUUAGGCUAAGUAGGUUCUUAAUUAGAUUCUUAUUUUCUAUAAAGGAGAUAUAGUUGUUGAUGACCAAAAAAAUAAAUAAACUUGAGUUCGGUCCUUAAAUUAUGCAGUAUUUAUUCACAACUGUAUCACGAUAAGCCUAAUAAAACUGAUUACAGAAUGUACAUAUGCAAUUAUAUGCAAUGCGGUUACAAUGCAUCUGUCUAUAUAUUCUUGUUUUUUAAAUUUGUAUUUUCAAAGUCAAACCCCAUUGGCUUUUUAAAAGUGUUUAUCAUAAUAAUUGAACUGUAACCCACAUAUAGGAACCUGCUUGAUCUUGCUUGGCUAAACAGGCUGUUAUUAUUUUUUGUUAUUAAGAUGGUAAAUUUCUACCAGCAAUUUGUUAAACCACUAAGUUCUUAUAAUUACACGCGGGUUUUUACUGUAAUGAGAACUACUUGUAUUAAAUUGAGAACUAGAGGAAAUGUUUGGAGAGCUACGUGGAUUCAGUUAUUCUAUCUUAGCAAUUUGGAAUUUCAAGAGGCUAGAUAAUACGACGUUAAGCUAGUUUCAAUUGUAGGUGGCCUUCUAAUUUGCGUUAACAUUCUUUCUUUUUUGUAUUCUUGAACGUCUAGAUCAUGGAGAGGCAAGUGUUGGAAGUGGUACCGUUAGACCUGGUGUUGCUGCAGGGCCUUCAGAUUUAAACGUGAAGCAGACUCACAAUGACCAAGGUAUAGAACUCUACUAAGGGUAUAAUGAAACUGUUAAGAUCGUUCGAAACUUUUUUGCUAAAAUAUAGUUGAUAGAGGCGAAUGGUUAUGAAAGCUGCCUAAAAUCAACCGUGUUGCAGUUUAUGUGGAGAGCUCCCUUACCAUGCACAAUCGUUUGAUUUUGGUUCGUUUCUACUUGUUGAUUCAGUCAACAUGGUGGGAAUGCUAAUAAACGUUAAGCACGGUCAAGUCAAAGAAAGCUGACAAAAAUAUUUUUAGCGGGGCUCCCGCGAAUAUGGUCAACCUGUUUUCGUUUGGUUGUCACGUGAUGGACCGAGCUUACGUACGUACUCGUCUACAGAUUGUACGGGUAGGGUAGGGGAGACAAUCAAAAGGAAGGGAGGGGUUUCUCAGGGGUGUCUUUGUAAAUAUCAACAUCUUUUACAUUGGACAUUUACAAUAUGGUCCAGGGGAUAGUCAAUUGACAGCUGUCAAAACAGGAUAGCCACUGACCAGUAUCACAUGACCAUAUCGCGGGCUCAUAUGUCAACUCACCGAGGUGACGUGAUUUAUUUGGAAUCUGUCUGCUGACCAGUUAAUGGUUUUACUAGAUCGCGAUCAAUGUUCAAUCUCAUACUUUCCAGCCAUUUUGGGAGCGCAGAAAAACUGAUAAUGCACACAUAUUGGAUAUCAAUGUUGUGAUGUGACAGCUGUCAAAACAGGGUAUCUGCUGACCAGUAUCACUUGACCGUAUCGCGGGCUCAGGAUGUACAAAAUGAAAUUCAGCUAGUAUCAGGAGUAUUCUGUUAUUCAUGGCUUGUUUGUUUAUUGGGUUUUUGGUUGAGUAAAAGUCGGAAAUGCGAUUUCGGAUGGCAUGGUUUUCAUUUUUCACCGUGCUUGAUGCGUAAGAGGGUUGAAAAGUCUGAAGCGAUACUGGCUUUACUUGAUACCUUUCAGGGACUGAUCUCGAAUAGUAAGCCUGAGUAAUUAUUGUAUUUGAUGUUUGUUUUUAAUGAAGUCGGGCGUAGUUUAUGCGGCUAUUUAGUUUAUGCUCGUUUGUAAGAUUUGAGACAAUGAUCUGGCCGAGUAUCAAGUUUGAUAUAAGCUUACAGAACUUUAAAAAGCCUUUCGACAAUUUCUCACCGCAAAUAGAAAGAAAACGUUCCAAAGAAUAUUUAGUUAUAAUUCUGGCUGUAAAAGAAAGCUUUGAGCGAUUUUCAUGCCUCGAGUUCAUCUUUGAAAAAAGCAAACACCGGGAAGCCGGCUUAAAACACAAACUUAAGCUUUAAGCUUGAACAGUCAAGAUUUGUAGAGACACUUGUCUUCGUGAAUGAAAAUUGUUUUCUCUGUAUAUGCUUCACCGAAUUAUAAUUCUUUUGUUGAUUGUUAGUAGUCUCUCUUGUAAUUUUAAUCGCUGUGCCGUUUGUUUUCAGUCGUUCAGUGAACAUUGCUUGCAGGAGUACUCAAAAUGCCGCGCGAAUCAAACGCUUUUGAAGAUUACCCAUCGAUAAAACCAUUAAAUAAAAAAUAAACAUAAUAAAAGCUUUGUUAUGUUGGAGCGUAACUCAAAAAACUCUCGUUAUUCAAACACUCGACCACAUCUCGCACUGCAAAAAUGAGAACCGGCUGGCCGUAUAGGUGAUUUUGGAAAUUUUUUUAACGGUUUAGCUAAAAGCCCACGCAUGCUUCAAUCGUCCUGAAUAUUGAAUGGGUGCAAUUUGUAUUGCAAAAUUGUGAAAUACUGCAUUCUGUCCGAGGUCUGUAUGAUCAAAACAGUGCCUCACAGUACUGUUUCACCUCAGAUGUGAUGUAUAAAUGGUAUAAAGGGUUCGUUUACACGCACCCAGAUUUUGUAAACUAAACUGACUUGUCGAACGCAAAAAGGUCGGCCUGUUUUUUUUUCCAGACCUAAUUAGUCUACGGUGAUCAAGAGCUAUUAUGGCUUUUAAAUGUGAUCGAAGAUGAUUGCCAGUUUUUAGGUGUACAUAUGAGGCUAUCAACUCGAUGUAAGAUUUGGUUUAAUCUUGGGCUGUUUGCAAAUUAUUUUUCUCUAAGAUCACUUAGCCUUUCCCUCAAAAGUCACAUGAAUGUGCUCUAAAGUUAACUGAAUUGUGAAAUACAAGUUUUUCAAGUUUUUGCGUUGGAUAAGUCUUUUAUUCAAGAGUCUGCGAUACAGCCAUAUCAAUCCCUCAGUUAAGUGUUGGGUAGAUUAAAGCCUGCUUUCAACCAAGUGGCCCAUCCGGCUGCAGGGGUUGCAAUAAAAAUUGAAGUAGCCAGCAGGUUUGAAUAGAGCAACCGACUAAUACAUUUCCUGGAAACAAUAAAUAUGAACAAAAGCACACGGCACAUCAUGCAAAAUGUAGCAACUAUAAUAAAGUCACUCAUUAUUCAUUCAAUAAUUGCUAAUUACAAAGAUUUAUCGAAAAGUAAUAUUAGUUUCCUUUUAGUUCUUUAAACCAUGUGCAUUUUAUCGGCAAACUAUAAAGAAACGUGCGAAAAAUUAACUGAAAAUGCUGCGUCUACACAACUAAAGCAUAACAAACCAGUGGGCCUUUACAAAAACACUUCACAAUUACGUUUGGUUUCAUCCAGAUUUAAUGGUGUAUUUUUUGUUUACUGCAUUAUUAAAACUAGUUGUGUCUUUUUUCUUUCUUUAUACAAAAAUACUAUGCUUACACAGAACCGUUAAUAACAGCAGAUACAAUGUUCAAAAUCUCGACCUUAAAUUGUUGGAAAAUUAGAAUCAAUCAAGAGAUUCUCGAAGAAAUCUAUACUUCCAAUUCAGUGAUAGAAUUUUGUUUCCGUAUUUAAGGGCAGCCAUCUUUCAAGUUAUAUAAUUUACAUUUUCCGAAAGAAGAAGCAACUUGUUUUAAUAAUGUCGUAAACCAAAAAAGUUUGCGACUCGAGGAGACGGCUGAAAUUCUGGUUAUUUUUAUAUUCUUGAAUUUCCAGAUCAUGGGAAGGAAAAUAGUACAAGUAGUCCCGUUACUUUAGUACAGGAGACAGGUUCUGAAAGCCGGCAAAAAUCAAAGAUGGUAACAAUGGGGUGCGGGUUAUGUUGGGAGCUAGCUGAGCGUGUACAAUCUUUUGUCUUGGUUCACAAAUUAUGCCUGAAUAAAUUUAUAGGACGUUGCUAUUGUUCCGUUAGUUCACAAUGAAAGGUGCACGGUCAAGUCCAAAAAAGCUUACAAAAACAUGACAGUGAAGUUGGCCGGGCUUCACAACCACCGCACUUCAUUAACCCCGCCUGGUUAGCUCAAUUGGUUAAGCGCCGGUCUGCCGAGCUGGAGGCCGCUGGUUCAAGCCCCAGCCGGACCAACACUCCGGGUGUUUAAAUAUCUGAGGAGAAAGGGCUGCCUUUGGAAAGACAUCUGCAAACGGUUAGACUUCUAGUCUUCUCGGAUAUAAACGAUAAACCCUAGACCCCGUCUAACUAACAAGGGUGUACUAUCAAGUGUUUUGAAAACUUGGUCCAAUUGACAGUCAGUACAUUGAAAAUCUGCAGUAAAUGGACGGGGUCACCUUGCUUGAUUUCGCCCCGCGAGCCCGUUAUUCUAAGUGUUUUUUGCCAAGUUGCGCACGGAAUGUUCGAAGCUGGAACAACCGUCAAAAAUCAUUCUCGUACAAAAAAAAACUAUGAAAUAUACUAAAAUCUAAAACCCGUUUGGUGAUCUGGGCUAUAAUUUCUCAGUAUGGUGACUUUAAAUUGCUCCAUCUUGGAAGUAAUUUAAAACAUGGACCAUUUAUACUGUGUUUCCAAAUACGGCAUUUUACGCCAUUAUUAUAAAAAAAAUACAACUUCUACUAACCAGAAUUUUUUUUCUCCUUUAAAUAUAUUUUUCUUGUAGCCAUAACCAGUAAAAACCAAUAGAAAAGGGGAUCACCGUUUUCGUUUCCUUGCAAAGAGUCAACAAAGGGGCAAUUCCGGCUUCAAAUGGCAUUUACGCGCGGCGGGGAGUAGGGCGAGUUUUAAGCCCAACACCAUUUUAACCUGGGAGAGUUAAAACGAUUAAAACUAUAAAGAGAGCCGUUGCCUCUUUUCAGGUGACUGGUGAAAAUUACCACCAGCUUUGACGUCUUCAUGUUAUGCGCAGUGCAAAACAAGGGAAUUGCCUUACGUUUUAGUGACACGCGUUGUCGUCGCCAUCGUUUUGAUUAAGCUGAUCUCUAUUAACAGUCUGUGCUUGUAUUAGAGUGAUUGUCGCUAGAGAUUGAACAUUGCUUUAUCACCCAAUAGAUGAAAAGAAUUAUAACCGUGAUCGUCGUUUCGCUUUAGAUUGAGUCAUCACAAAGCAAGACUUGGUGUAAAGGGACUAAUUUGAAUGUUUUGCUUUAAAAGAGUGAAACUUGUUUUUCUCACUUUCCCGUAAUGAACUUCAAAAACGGGGAAAAGUCAGUGGAAACUCGGAAGAGCUCGAAAUUAGUAGUUAUAUGCCAUGCACUCUACAGAGGUGACUUACUUACAGGUGUCUGUUUAAAGCGGGUUGAAUUUUAAGACAAUAUAAGGGCUCUUGCCAGUGUUAAAAGAAACUGUCCAUAAAACAACGAGAUGUCCGUAUUAAGGAGGUGUCUGUAAAGUGGGGGUUCGACUUAACCACGAUAUGUCUUUUAUUUUCAGGUGGUUUUUACCCAACUGGAUCUGUUGAUAGCAUUCGCCAACUCUACAGCACCCGUGAAAGAUGGUUUGCACCCUUUCCAUGGUGGGAAAAGUUUCGAUUAAGCCUUGAUAACAAUUUUACCAGACUCAAAAUAGUGAGCAGAAAGAAAGAAAGGGGAACAAAGACUGAUGAAACUGUUACUAUGAAAGAUAUCUUCAAACCCCACGAAGAAUGCGCUCAUCCUAGGACGGUCUUAAUUGAAGGGAGGCCAGGUAUAGGAAAGACCACAUUCUGUAAUAAACUUGCUUACGAUUGGGCAGCGAACAAACAAGAAAAUCCUUCAGGAAGUUUUUUUCCAAACUUCCAAGCUGUUUUACUGCUUAAAUGCCGAGAAAUAGAGUCUUGCCUUUUCGAGGCAACCGAAGGACAACCUCUCCUCGAUCUGAAAAAAAGAGAAACUGAACGAAAUCUUCAAGUCUGUCCUUUGGGACGCCAUUGA